AUGGCCACAACCCUCGGCACUCUAUCAUCCGAGACCAUCUACAAGGCUACUCCGCUCAUAGCUGCAAAGCGUCAAAUACGGUUGCUUGAGGUACAGCCUGGCGCCUUCGACGAACCCCUCCGCUGCUCACUGCGCAUCGCCACCCUGGGCACCUUCCGACGCCCUCGAUAUGAGACCAUCAGUUACUGCUGGGGCGACUCGACACGUCAAACACCGAUCGCCGUCGAUGGCACAGCGAUCAAUGUGCCCCAAAGCUCUUCGGACGCCAUCCGCCGGGCAAGGGUGGCAGAGCGCCCACGCACGAUCUGGAUCGAUGCGGUUUGUAUCAACCAGACGGACCUCGAGGAGAAGACUUCGCAGGUUGGCAUGAUGGGUACUGUAUACCAGCGAUCCAUCGGGAAUCUGGUAUACCUGGGCGAGGAUGUUGAUCGAGUUGCGCCGGCGGUUGUCGAGACGUUUCGGCAUGCGAAACCUUUUUACGAGAAUGGGGCUGAUGUGUUCGAGGUGGCUGCAGAGGAGAGCUUCCUUACCAAGGACGGGAUGGACCGUGUUGGAAACGUUUUCGCUCUGCCGUGGUUCACAAGACUGUGGGUGGUCCAGGAAGCAGCGCUAUCGCCGCACAAUACCUGCAUCUGGGGCAACAGCGAAUUCGACCUGGUAGAUGCGGUAACCGUCGCAGUGGGAGGCUUCAUGCGCCUCCUCCAGCUCGAGGAAUGCCCUGGUAGAGAGCAUUUCCAACGCCUCGGUAAAGCCUUAGAAUUGUACCAGGCCUUGAAUCAAGCCGAGCAAAGGGACACCAUCAGGUGGCAGGACUUCAAUCGCAUUGCUAUAGCGUCCACGGCUACCGAUCCACGAGACCACGUCUUCGCCCUAACGGGUUUCCUGCAGCAUGUCAAUCGGCUCAGAUCGCUGCCUGCUUUACUCCAUACCGACUAUCGAAAGUCCGUCAGGGAAGUCUACAGAGACUGUACCAGAGCCUCGCUUCAUGAGAACGAGGAUGAUCUCCUCGCCAAUGUUUGCCAUUCCUCCGCGAACGACCUUCUGGAAGUCGAGACCCCUUCGUGGGCGGUGUCGUGGAAUCGUCCCGAGGCGUAUGGAGAACUCAUUAAUUCGCAAGGAGAUGCGGGUUGGACUUGUCACUUCCGUGAGCGCAUUAUUGGUGCCUUCCCAGUUGAGCGAAGGCUUGAGUUCAGCGACGUUGUGUCUGAUCCGGACUCACUCGUCGUCAAAGGCUACAUCGUGGGAAAGGUUGCAUGGACUUCGCCGGUGAGUCCGAGUUAUGCCGAUAAAGAUAAGCCGUACGCCUCUCUCAGCAGGUUCCUCGACAUCGUAGUGGGUAGAAUUGAAGGGUCCUUUGUUGGUGACCAUGAUAGUCACUGCUAUGACUUCGCCGCCGACGUCCUCACGGCCGGAACUUGGCGAGACACCCACGUCGGACUCGGACUCCCGAGCCUGGAGGCAGCCGGCGCAGGGUUGAAAGCACUUCACACUCUGGCGAACAAUGCAGAUGGCGAUGAUGUUGAUCAUGGCACACGUAAAUCGCCAGUCAAGCUGUCAUCGCCGGCGGGCAAAAUCAAGUCAAACAUCAUGGCUCAACGAAGGAUUUUUACUUUGCAGCAAGAAGACGACGACGACGAGAAGGGCCGCGAGCGUUUCGGAAAUGGACCACACCUCAUUCGAGAAGCGGACCUCCUCUACAUCAUGCAGGGCGGUCACUACGUUCACGUUUUGAGACGGGUCAACACCGACGAGGAGCACUAUCUUCUCGCAGGAGCCGCUUGGAUCCCCGGCAUGAUGGAGGGAGAAGUCUUGGACAUGGGCAUCGAACCGGAAUGGAUCACCAUUAGAUGA